AUGACAGAUGAAAGUUCUAUAAAAAUAGUUAAAGUGGUUGUUUUAGGCGAUAUUGGUAGAAGUCCGCGAAUGCAAUAUCAUGCAUUAUCUCUUGCCAGCUGUGGUUUAAAAGUGAAUAUAAUAGGAUACGUGGAAACAAAACCGCUAAAUGAAAUUCAAGAAAACCCUCUUAUUACAAUUACGAAGCUAAACCCCUUGAAACUAGAAAAAGCCCCAAAGAUCGCUCAGUAUUUUGCCAAAGCUUUAUGGCAAACAAUCAGUUUACUGCUAACGUUAUUUAUAACGGGCAAAUGUGAUUAUUUACUAUGUCAGAACCCUCCUGCAAUACCUACACUCCCUGUAUGUAGAUUUUAUUGCCUAGUCACUCGGACAAAAUUUAUAAUAGACUGGCAUAACUAUGCUUAUUCUAUUAUGGCUCUAUCUCUUAGUGCUAACCAUCCACUUUUAAAAUUUGCAACUUCUAUUGAAAAGUUUUUUGGACAGUCAUCAACUCACAACUUUUGUGUGACAUAUGCAAUGAAAAAGGAUUUGUUAGAGAAAUGGAAUAUUAUGGCAACAGUUCUGUAUGAUAGACCACCAAAAAUAUUUCACCCUAUUGAUCUUCAAGAAAAACACAAUUGGUUCCUUAAAAUUAGUCAAGAAUAUAAAGAAUUCAGAUGUACUAUAUCCGAGUCUUGUCAUUCUGAUAUAGAGGAUACUGCAUUUACACAUAUUAUGGAAAAUUCUAUAAAAUUAAAGGACAAUAGACCUGGUCUUUUAUUUAGCAGCACUAGUUGGACUCCAGAUGAAGAUUUCAGUAUUUUAAUGGAGGCCCUACAAGUAUAUGAAACAACAUAUUAUCUUUCAAAAAAGCUUCCAAAGCUCAUUUGUGUAAUCACUGGGAAAGGUCCUAUGAAAGAUUAUUAUAAAGAGCAAAUAGCAUCUCGGAGAUGGAAAAAUGUAAAAGUUGUGACUCCUUGGUUAGAAGCCAGAGAUUAUCCAAUAAUGGUAGCAAGUGCAGAUCUCGGUGUGUGCCUCCAUACCAGCUCAUCUGGCCUUGACUUACCAAUGAAAGUUGUAGAUAUGUUUGGAGCUGGGCUACCUGUGUGUGCUUAUGAUUUUAAUUGUCUUGAAGAACUUGUACAAAAUGGUGAAAAUGGAUAUACAUUUAAAAAUUCUGAUGAUCUUUCUAAACAAAUUGUGAACUGGUUUGAAAGUUUUCCUAACAAUGUGCAGCAAAAUAAAGUUGCUGAGAAAAUGAGAAAUAAUCUUUCUAAAUUCCAAACAUCUAGAUGGGAAGAAAACUGGAAUCUAAGAGUUAAAAAGUUUUUUGAUAAC